UUCUCCCUGGUAUAUAGUGACAGCUGAGCUAGCGCAAUGUAUCGCUAUUUGAGAAACGUCCAGCGAUUUAACUGCAAACUCCAGGCGUUGCAGAGGAACCUAGCCAACACAAAGCACAAUCCUGCUGCAGGAGUCAUCUUCACAUCCUCCAGAAUGUCUUCGGAGUACAGAAUUGAGGCAGACACCUUUGGAGAGCUGAAGGUGCCAGUUGACAAGUACUAUGGGGCUCAGACUGUCAGGUCCACGAUGAACUUCAAGAUCGGCGGACCGUCGGAGAGAAUGCCAAUCCAGGUGAUCAAAGCGUUUGGUAUUCUGAAGAGGGCUGCUGCGGAGGUGAACAAGGACUAUGGACUGGACCCGAAGCUGGCUGAGGCCAUCGUGCAGGCUGCUGAUGAGGUGGCAGCUGGUAAGCUGGAUGACCACUUCCCUCUGGUUGUGUGGCAGACCGGGUCAGGAACUCAGUCCAACAUGAACGUCAACGAGGUGAUCAGCAACAGGGCCAUCGAGAUCCUGGGAGGGAAGCUGGGGAGCAAGGACCCGGUGCACCCCAACGACCACGUCAACAAAAGCCAGAGCUCCAACGAUACGUUCCCCACAGCCAUGCACAUCGCAGCAGCCAAAGAGGUCCACGAGGUUCUGCUCCCCGGCCUACAACACCUCCACGAUGCCCUGCACGCCAAGGCUGUGGAGUUCAAAGACAUCAUCAAGAUCGGACGCACACACACACAGGAUGCUGUGCCGUUGUCUCUAGGACAGGAGUUCAGUGGGUACGUGCAGCAGGUAAAGUACAGUAUGGAGCGAGUGAAGGCAGCCAUGCCCAGAAUAUAUGAGCUGGCAGCAGGGGGCACUGCAGUGGGAACAGGCCUCAACACACGCAUCGGCUUCGCUGAGAAAGUAGCAGCUACUGUCACUUCUCUCACAGGUCUGCCUUUCGUGACGGCUCCCAACAAGUUUGAGGCUCUGGCGGCCCACGAUGCUCUGGUGGAGCUGAGCGGAGCGUUGAACACGGUGGCCGUCAGUAUGAUGAAGAUCGCCAAUGAUAUCCGCUUCCUGGGGUCCGGGCCCCGCUCUGGCCUGGGAGAACUCUGUCUGCCUGAGAACGAGCCAGGUAGCAGCAUCAUGCCUGGGAAAGUUAACCCCACCCAGUGCGAGGCCAUGACCAUGGUAGCAGCCCAGGUUAUGGGAAACAACGUGGCUGUGACCAUCGGAGGCAGUAAUGGACACUUUGAGCUUAACGUCUUCAAGCCAAUGAUGAUAAAGAACGUGUUGAACUCAGCCAGGCUGCUCGGGGACGCCUCCGUCUCCUUCACUGAUAACUGUGUGGUGGGCAUUGAAGCUAACAUCGACAGGAUCAACAAACUCAUGAACGAGUCCUUGAUGCUGGUCACCGCCCUCAACCCACACAUAGGUUACGACAAAGCUGCUAAGAUUGCCAAGACAGCCCACAAAGAGGGAGGAAACCUCAAGGAAACUGCUAUCAAGCUAGGAUACCUGACAGCAGAAGAGUUUGACGCGUGGGUCAAGCCACAUGAGAUGCUGGGACCCAAGUAGAACACAACACGCUGCAGAAUGUCUAUGGUUAGAAAUGUCUUUGUACAAAUAAAAUCUUUUUUUUUUGGUUGAAACACAUUGCUGUACUUUAUUUGACCAGUUUAAGUUGCUGAGAACACGUCCUCAUUUACAGCAACGACCUGGGAAGAGUUCCAGGGGAGAGGAGGGGAUGGAUGAGCCAAUUGGAAGCUGUUCCACAGGCCUGAUCUAUGGACAGAUGACUGCUGAUCGGGGACACACAAUUCGUAUUCAGUUAACUAUUUUCAGUGAAGGCCAGUGGAUGAAAUGGUAAAAAUGGUUUCUUUCUCAUCUAACUAUAAUAACUAUUUUGAGACUGUCACCAAGGAUACAUGGUAUCCUUCAGAAAGAUGUUCAGCUAUUAUCUUGGUCAUUUAAUGACUUCCCUUGCAUUUCCAGGAAUAUGACAUUCACGAUUCUGAGAAAGAUGAUGUGCCAUUAGAUCAAGGAAGAGUAUAUUUUAAAUCGUUUUUGUGAAAUCUUCAGUAUCACAUUUUGUCCACCUGUAAUAAUUGACCUACCGCUAGUUUGGGACGCCAACCCACGCACACCCCAGGCCAAGUCACCUUGCCUCCCGAUGAAAGUGAUUGUUCUGGGGACAGGACAGUUGGGCAACACCAGCUCUACCAGAGAGCCAAGGGACAGUUGCAUGUUGCCUGAAGGUGUUUUGUUUUGCCGAAGGACGCUACAAUUGAAGGCUCUUACAGAGCUAUGCCUUGAUGUACUGUUCCCUUUUUGCCAUGUAAAGAAAAAUAAAAAAAUACAAUAAUUCAUCA